AUGUCCAACCCUAACUCCAAUACAAACGAAGAUCCGACCCCAACAAUCCACUCGGGGGAUCCGAAUACCACCGCCGACCCUCAGGUUCCGCUUCGGAACCUGUCCCUGCUUCGGACCAAAAUGGAUUCUCUACAUCACUUCCUAUCCCAAUCAAUCAACACCAGCGCUCCCCUCACCGUCCAUCAAAUCGCCACGGUCUCAAACCACAUCGUCAACGCCAUCCACCAAACCAUCGUCAACGCCGCCGCCAUCGUCUCUUACUCCCGAAAUUCCACCGCCGCCGUCGCUCCGUCAUAUCCGAAGAAACUCAACGCGGAUAAACACAAACUCGAGCAUCCCGAAGACGACGACGCCGCCGAAGCCUUCGACGGCGAUUUCGAAAUCGUGGAGCUCGACGCCGUGGAACUCCUCGCGGAACACAUCCACUUCUGCGAGAUCUGCGGCAAAGGCUUCCGGCGCGACGCGAACCUCCGCAUGCACAUGCGCGCGCACGGAGAGCGGAACCACUUCAAGAGGAGCCACUGCCCGAAGAUGUACACCUGCGAGCUGUGCCGCACGAAGCGGUUCUCGGUGCUGGCGGAUCUGAGGAGCCACGUGAAGCACUGCGGAGAGGACAGGUGGAAGUGCACGUGCGGGACCACGUUCUCGCGGAAGGACAAGCUGUUCAGCCACGUGGCACUGUUUGAGGGCCACGCGCCCGCGCUCGCGUGCGACAAAGGGAAGCAAGUGGUGGACGAUCAUCAUCGGAUGGGGAUUAGUGAAAGUGAUGAAUUGGGCAAUCGCUUUGAGGUUGAGGAGUUGCCUGAAGGGUUCUUCCAAGACUUUGGGUCCAUUGAUGACUAUUGUUUGCGGGAAGUGUUAGGGUUUCCUAGUAACUUGACAUGA